AUGGCAUCUGGAUCAGCUGCCAACUCUUCCAUUCGACGACAGCGCGCAAUUGUGAAGUCAUCCCCACGCUCUUAUUAUCACAAGAGGACACAGCACGAGUCGAACGAGGAGGAGGAGGAGGAGGACCUAAAGGAAUACGAUUCCGAGUUUGGCAGUCAACCAAAGCUGGGAAAGAAGCAUAUACAACGCAGCAUUCGACAUUUGGAAGACAACAGGAGAGAACGUCGAUUUCAUGCCAAAGUGAUGUUCAAGGAAUUUGCUUUGCCAGGUGAUGCUGAGAAAAUGAAAGAGGAUCAGCUGAAACCUUUUAUGGCCCGAGUGUUGAAUACAGCACAGAGCGAUCUCGAGAAAGAAGCAAUGGAACUUGUAUUGCAAGACGCAAGGGAAAAGUCUCCAGAUGAAGAAGAAGGAAUACUUACCAAGAGCGCGACGGUGUCGGCACUCGCCAAGUACGGUGAAUUUGCACGCCACUGCAAAACGAUUCAGAAGUUGUUCAAAGCAUCGGAUCAUUCACGCGAUGGUAAGCUGCAACGCCAUGAGCUUCGAAGACUGCUUGAGGAAUACGAAAGGCACAAACACCGAAGUACACAUUCCUGCAGCCAUGUGGUACUCUUUGUGACGGAACACGAUUUAGAUUUUGUGCUACGAUCAGCCGACGAAAACCACGAUGGUGACAUUGACCCCAAUGAAGUGGUUCGGGCGAUCGGUGCAUGGGAGGAACUAGCAGCAGUCAAGAUUCACGACUUUGAAGAUGUGAAAUGCUGCAAAGGAUGCAUAAUUUCAUAG